CGCGAGUAUCUAAUUGUUUAUAUACUUAACAAUGAAUCCUGUUUUCAAAGAUUCCAAGACUGAACUUAAAGAUGAUUCCAUCUUGAGUUUAGUAACUACUUUGAGUCAAAACCUAGAAACAAAUGAUUGGACAUCAUCUAUUAACAUUUGCAAGACAUUAGCUGACAACCUACGUGAACCAUCAUUCCGUUCACCCUUAGGAGAAUCAGGUCUUAUUGAGACAUUAUCAAAACUAUUAAAAAUGGCUUCUGGAAAACAAACAGAUUUUCAAAUUCAGGCACUCCGGGUAUUAGGCAAUUUAUGCUUUGAUCAUAUGGAUAAUCGUAAAAGAGUGAAAGAUGCUGGUAUUUUUCCUAUUAUAGCACCUUAUUUUGAUAAUAGGGAUUUGCCUGAUUUAAUUCGUACUGCUUGUGGAUUCUGUUUAAAUAGUAGCAUGGACUAUGCACCUAUUCAAAUUGAAAUAGCAGAGACAGGAAUAGCUGAAAAAUUGAUAGCUCUAAUAGAGCCUGAAAAGGUAGAUGAUGGUUCUAUUACAUUGGCAUUAAAGACUCUAGACAAUUUAGUUGCAGAAGAUAAGGCACGAAAAACUAUUUCAACACCUUCAACUGUAAAGACUUAUAUGAAUAUGAUUGAAUAUUAUUUUAAAUCUGGAGAAUAUAUGGAUGAGUUAGACAAUAUGGAAAAUUUGGUAGACACUUUACUACAACUUAUAAUGGACGAUGAUGAUCUUCAGAAUGAAAUUAUAGAUAUGAAUGGUUUACCUACAUUAUUAGACUUUCUUGAAUAUUCAAAGGUCGAGAAGGAUGACAAAGAGAGACUAGAAGAUAUACAAAAAACAGCUAGUAAAAUCGCCAUCUAUGCUUCAUCCACAGACUCAAAAAUGAAUGAAUUAUACGAUACUCAACUUGAACGAUUUUUAAAUAUGGCAAAAAAUAAUGAAUCUGAAGUUGUACAUCAAUGUGCUGUUUAUAUUCUUGGAAAUCUUGCAAGAUCUGAUGAACAUUGUAUUGAGUUGGUCGAAAAACAUCAUUUAUCUCAACUUUUAUUAAAUCUAUAUCAAACAACUGAAAAUGCAACAUUUCAAUAUGCAAUUCUGGGCUGCUUAAAACAUUUAUGUCUUCCAACUGUAAAUAAGGAAAUGAUUGGUAACAGUGAUUGUAUUGCAAUUAUAACUCCAGUACUUGAUAAAGAUAUGCUUAAAAGAAAUCAAUUCCUUACAAUUGGCAUUUUAAAAUUACUUGUUAUGGGAAACUACAAAAAUGCUAAACAAGUCAUUCAAGAAAAUAAUACAUUAUCACAUGUCAUAUCUUUUAUUAAAAGAGUAGAUGAUGUAGCAGCUAAAAGUGAAGCAACACGUAUAUUAACAAAUCUUGUAAAAACGGUUUGGAUCGAAAAGGAUAAUGCUGAUUUAAAGAUGAAAUUAAUGGAAUUCAAUAUUAUGGAACCUAUUAUAGAACUUGUUCGAAUAUCCACAUUUUCUAUUUUAAAAAACGAUGGAAUCAUGGCUUUGACAUUGAUUUUUUCGGAUCUAACUUUAGAGUCUGAAUUAGAUAAAGCUUUACCUUUAUUCGUUAUUCAUCAUCAUGAGGAAGAUGAAGUGGAUCAGAAGGAGAAAGUCGAACAACGUUCAUUUUUUGAAGUGCUUAUAGAUGAUAUAUGUUCAGAAAACAAUGAAAUUCCUAUUCAAAUUAAAUGUAAUGCUUGUGUAUUACUUUGUAAAAUAGUUGAAGCAGCUAAGAGGAGAUCAGUGAGUCAAGACUUUAGUGAUAUCAUUACAACUAUUCGUGCGUUAUCCUUAGAUAGAAUAGAAAAGUUAAAUAGUGAUCCAGAAUUGUACAAGUAUACAAGUACUUUAAUGAAGUCACUGCAGCAAUAAAGUAUGUAAAGGAAUAAUGUAUUUUCUAAAUAAAUGAGAAAAGAAAAAGUUUUGAUAAAAAGAG